AGUGUCGAAAAUAGCAUCGGUCGUAUCGACCCAUCUCUCGAAUCCUCGCACUUAACGAGGCCUCCUUCCUUCAACGAAAGGCAGCAAUUUUUUCUCACCUCAAAAUCACAUCGCAUCACAAACCAAACAAAACAUAACAAUCAGAGAUGGAUUGAUUGUAUGAGUGAAGACUGAGGCAUAGAAAAUGUUGCAGAGCUGCAAUGUCCCCUCUCUCUCUACGGCUGGGACAGGGGAGCCUCUCCUCCAUGCUCGCUUUCUCUCUCUAAAAUCUGCCAGAAAGGUUUCCCUGCUGUGCUCUUCUUCCUCUCCGUCCUCCUUUCCUUUGUCGGUGAGGUCGAGGAGCUCGGAUCUCAAGCAUCAGAGCCCUAAUUCUAGCGAGCGGAGCUUGGCUGAUCGCCUUCGCCUUGGUAGCUUGUUGCCGGAUGGCCUCUCUUUCAAGGAGAAUUUCAUUGUCAGGUGUUAUGAGGUCGGUAUCAACAAGACUGCAACUGUUGAGACCAUGGCCAAUCUCUUGCAGGAAGUUGGAUGUAAUCAUGCUCAAAGUGUUGGCUUCUCCACUGAUGGUUUUGCUACUACUCCUACCAUGAGAAAGAGGCAUCUCAUAUGGGUUACUGCUCGCAUGCAUAUUGAAAUCUACAAGUAUCCUGCUUGGGGUGAUGUAGUGGAAAUUGAAACCUGGUGCCAAGGGGAAGGAAGAAUUGGUACCAGACGUGAUUGGAUUCUUAAGGACUUCGCAACAGAUAUGGUUAUUGGUAGAGCCACCAGCAAAUGGGUGAUGAUGAACCAAGAUACGAGGCGUCUAGAGAAAGUCACAGAUGAUGUUAGGGAUGAGUACCUGAUUUAUUGUCCGCGUACUCCUAGAUUAGUUUUUCCAGAGGAGGGCAAUAGCAGUUUGAAGAAAAUUCCUAAGCUUGAAGAUCCCACUCAGCAUUCACGAUUAAAACUUGUGCCUAGGAGAGCAGAUCUAGACAUGAACCAGCAUGUCAACAAUGUCACCUACAUAGGAUGGGUACUUGAGAGCAUGCCCCAAGAGAUUCUCGACAGUCAUGAGCUGCAGAAGAUAACACUUGAUUACAGAAGGGAAUGCCAACACGAUGACAUGGUAGACUCUCUCACCAGCAUCGAGUUGGAUGAUUCCAUAGAUGCUUUACAAUACAAUGGGAGUACAGCAAUUACAAAUGGGUCUCCCAAUGCGAGGCAACAAAAUGAGAGCUCAGACUGCGUCCAGUUCUUGCAUAUGCUGCGCUUAUCUAAAGAUGGAUUUGAGAUUAACAGGGGUCGCACUGAGUGGAGAAGAAAGCUUUCAAGAUAGCUUGUGAAUCUGCCUUCUCAUUAUUACGUGUGGCAAGAGCGGGCAUCUGUUCAUGCUGGCAGCGAACACACAUAAUUUUGUGUCUACAAAUUUAAUUUGGCGGCUUGGCUGGGUGAGCAUGGUGUCAAAGCCUUCAGAUCAAGGAAGCGUUGUUUCUUGUUUAUGUGGCACUUAGAAUUAGCACUAUGGUAGUGGAUGAACUUUGAAUUUGGCUUCGAACCUGAGGGGCUCGGUAUAUUUUUGUCUUGCUGCUUUCUGUAGCUUUUCUCCAUUAUUCUUGUACUAAGCGUUGUUUUAGCCACCUAUCGAUUUUGAAGAAGUGAACCAAGAAGAUUGUUUCCUUUCAUUUUUUAUUUUUUUAUCAGUGACCAAAUUUCAUUUUAAUAAAUUGGGAGUACACAGCUAUC